AUGAAAAGCAGUGUUGUUGAUGUGAUUCAACACCUGCAAACUCUUCUCGAGACUCGAGACUCUUUGCUCACAGUUACUUUCAGACAACAUCUUGCUGAGAAACUAAAGCCUAUGUUUUCAAUGCUCAACCAUUUAGAAGGUGUUUCGGAAUCUGGAUCUCUUCUAAAACAAGGGGGAGAAGUCAAGAAAACAGUUGCUGGUGGUUCUGAUGGAAAUGGAACAUCAAUGAAGUCUCCACCCAAGUCACAAGAUGCGAAGGUUAAUGUAGCUUUGGGAUCUAAAAGAAGAGGAAAGUCAAUUGAUGAUGAUGAUGAUGAUGAUAAUGAUGAUGAAGAGGAAGAAGAACAUCUAUCCGAAAAGCCUCAACUCAAAAGAAAGAAACAUGACCAAGAGCUCGAUGAAAAUCUACGAGUUGCAAGAGAAGCUGAAGCUCGAGAAAGAGAGGCUCGUGAUGCUCAACUUAAUUGGGAAACUAAGAAAGUUUUCUUCCCUUCAUGGUCCAGGGAGCGUAUUUUAAAUGAAGUUAUAGAUAAUCCAAAUGUAUACUGGUUGGAACUACGUACUUCAUUCAAACAGGAGAACAUUUUGGGGUCGCAACUUGAUUUUCUGAUUACUCCGAAGGCGUUUUUGUUUCGCUAUUUUGACAAGGUUGCGAAAGCUCCAUAUUCAGACAACAGUGCCAAUCUCAUGCUUAUAUCUUUUAAUCUCAACAUGGAAAGCCUCAGUACCAAACCUGGAGUUCAAAGAUAUUUUUUUCUGUUAAGGUUAUUGGAUGCACAGAAAUUUGAGCUGAUUUUGGAGCAUUUGAAAAGAAUGUUUGUCUCUUACAUUCUUGAGAUUGCGAAAAUAGACAUGGAGAUUGUUCCGGUACUUAGAAAGAAACCCACUGUGCAACCUAAAGAAACUCUGAAAGAUCAUGACAAUAUGCAGAAAGGAAAAAUUCUGAAGGAUAAUUGGAGUAUGGCAUACCAAGAACGAAACAAGGCCUGUGUGAAUGUUCAAAGAUGUUGUUUCUUUUUUCCUGACAAGCACCUUUAUUUUACUUCAUGCUUGGAAUAUGUUUUGGGCUUAUCUGAAGCUUGCAAGGAAAAUAAUAUUUUUGAAAAGAAAUGCAUUGUAUACAUGCUUAAGUGGUACAUCACUGUUCGAAAUACCUUUCUUGGCUUAAUGGAAAAUCUUUUCAAGGUUCAGAAACCCAUUCAGCAGUGA